AAGUUAGCACGAUGUUGAGGGACAGGACUUGCGGAAGCUUCUAUCACUACCUUGUGGGGAACUUCUAAGGAGAGCCGGAGUUUUAUAGAAGUCGCUCUUCUUUCCUUGCCUCUUUGGAUCCCGAUAGCAAGUCUCUAUGUGUCAAAGGCAUCGCUCUGUUUAUUAAGUUGACAUCUGGUAGACCAGCAGUGAGGCCAGCCAUGGCUGCAGCAGGGGUGCUUGCUUUGCUAAGGCGCUGCAGGAAGGUGAGAAUAAAGCUGAGAUUGAAUGUGUAUCCCUGUGUGCACUCUUGGACGACUCAGCCCUGUGCAUUUAAAUCUUCAAAACCAGAAACUUUACCGAACCUUCCCAAAGAUGGAGCAGCUCAUGUUCCACUUCUUACAUUUACAGAAGAGGAGAUAAUGAUUAAAGAAAUGGUGAAAAGGUUUGCACAAGAUCGAGUUGCACCGUUAGUACAAAAAAUGGAUGAGGAGGCAAAAUUGGACGAAUCUUUAUUAAAAGAUCUGUUUGAACAAGGGCUGAUGAGCAUUGACCUUGAUGCCAAAUAUGGAGGAACUGGGGCUUCUUUCUUUUCUACCAUUCUGGCGGUUGAGGAACUGGCCAAGGUUGAUCCAUCUGUAUCACUUGUGGUUGAACUCCAGAAUACAUUCAUGAACAAACUAUUGACGGUAUAUGGCACAGAAGAGCAAAAGAUGACUUAUUUGCCCAAAAUGUCAAGAAAUCUGGUGGGCAGUGUCUGCAUUUCAGAGACUGGAUCUGGCAGCGAUGCAUUUUCCUUGAAGACUCGUGCUGAAAAAAAGGGGGAUUACUAUAUCAUAAAUGGGUCAAAGAUGUGGAUUAGCCUGGCUGAACAAGCAGGAGUCUUUUUCGUAAUGGCAAAUGCAAACCUUUCUGCAGGAUAUAAAGGAAUUACAUGCUUCAUAGUAGAUCGUAACACAGAAGGCCUGCAUGUGGAAAAGAAAGAGAAUAAACUGGGGAUCAGAGCAACAUCUACAUGUCCUGUCACAUUUGACAAUGUAAAGGUUCCUGAGAGUAAUAUAGUGGGACAGUUUGGAAAGGGCUAUAAAUAUGCAAUUGAAAUGCUCAAUACGGGAAGAAUUGGGAUAUCUGCCCAGAUGCUGGGAUUAGCACAGGGAUGUUUUGACCAAACGAUCCCAUAUAUCAAGCAGAGAAAUCAAUUUGGGAAAAGCAUAUUUGAAUUUCAGGGAAUGCAACAUCAGAUCGCUCACGUGGCUACACAGAUUGAAGCCGCAAGAUUGUUGACCUAUAACGCAGCCCGCCUUGCAGAAACAGGAAAACCUUUUAUAAAGGAGGCAAGCAUGGCCAAGUAUUACACAGCUGAGGUUGCAACUCUGACGACAAGUAAAUGUAUUGAAUGGAUGGGUGGAGUUGGCUUCACAAAAGAUUAUCCUAUUGAGAAAUAUUACAGGGACUGCAAAAUUGGCACCAUAUAUGAAGGAACGUCAAAUAUACAGUUGAACACCAUUGCAAAAUGUAUUGCUCCAGAAUACUAAAGUGUAAUGACUGUUACAAUAAUUGUUGUCAAUGGUUGUUACAAUAUUUGUUUCACAGAAAGUUUGAAACAUCUUGCCUUAACUGAUGAUAUUAUAGGUUAUAUCUCCUUAUUAUAAUUAUUUUUACCACAGAAAUGCCCAAAUUGUGUCUAUUUUAUAUCCUUGAAUAAGAUUGCAAUGGACUGGAUUGGUCACCAGCAAUGCAUUAUGUAUUUCCUUCAGAUUGUAAUAAAAGGAAAAUUAUUCCUACCUA